AUGGAAUUAUUGCUUUUGCAUAUUUUCGUAUUCUCGACUUUCUUCCUGUUGCUGCUGCUGCUCUUGCACCUCCUCCUCCUCCUCCUCCUCCUCCUCCUCCUCCUCCUCCUCCUUCACCUCACCACCACCACCUCCUCCUCCUCCUCCUCCUCCUCCUCCUCCUCCUCCUCCUCCUCCUCCUCCAGGAGCCCUGGUAUUAAAGCUUUUGUCCAGUUUCCCAUUUUCGACUUUCUUUCUGUUGCUGCUCCUGCACUACCUCAUCCUCCUCCUCCUCCUCCUCCUCCUCCUCCUCCUCCUCCUCCUCCUCCUCCAGGGGCCCUGGUAUUAAAGCUUUUGUCCAUUUUCCCAUUUUUGACUUUCUUUCUGUUGCUGCUCCUGCACUAUCCUCCUCCUCCUCCUCCUCCUCCUCCUCUUACUCAUCCUCCACUUCCUCCUCCUCCUCCUCCUCCUCCUCCUCCUCCUCCUCCUCCUCCUCCUCCUCCAGGGAGUCCCCCAGCAGUUAGAGCAGACACUCGGUCGUAA